AUGGAAGUGCUGACUGAGAUUGCUAAAGACGUAGUGGUACCAAGUUGUCGGUUUCUCUGUAGCUAUAUCUAUUGUAUGAUCAAGGACACUGUCAAAUUCCAAUCAAACCUUGACAUUUUGGAAAAGGAGAUGAAAGACCUCUUGGUUGUGAAGGAUGAAGUGGAAAAGGAAACAAAUUUUUAUAGAAUAAGAAAGGAAGUGGCAGAAAAGGUGAAAGAGAUAGGACUCCGAAAAGAAGGAAGACCACAUUUGGACGAUUUGGUUGUCUAUCAUCCAAAGCACAGAGGGGUGGUGGAGAUUCCUGGAGACACAUUUAAUCAAGAUCAAAAAACAUCAUCAAAAAUUUUAGAUGAUAUUAUGAGACAAUUGUCUGACGAUGGAAUCCGGAGAAUUGGUGUUUGGGGGAUGGGAGGAGUGGGCAAGUCUACACUGGUAAGAACUUUGAACAAUAAACUCAUUUCUUCAAGGCAUCCUUUUAGCAUCGUCAUAUUUGUUUCUGUUCUCGAGAACUCGGAGUACAUGAAAAAUGUCCAGAAAAAUGUCCAGAAAAAAAUAGCUCAAAGAUUGAAUUUGGAGGUGAAAGCGGAAGAAAGCCCGGAUGAAAUCGCUAUUGGACUUUGUAGCAGACUCAAGCACGAGGAAAAAUUUCUGCUCAUUCUAGAUGAUGUUUGGGAGGAAAUUGAUUUAGACAAAUUGGGUGUCCCACAGCCUGAAGAUCAUAAGGGUUCCAAGAUCAUAUUGACAACUCGAUCUUUUCAUGUUUGUAGGCACAUGAGCACAGAUGUUGAAGUUAAAGUGGCUAUUUUAAACGAUGAAGAAGCUUGGCAAUUGUUUGGUAAAAAUGCAGGGGAUGUAGCCAGUUCUAAAGACAUUAAACCAAUUGCAACAGCAAUUGCUAGAGAAUGUUGCGGAUUGCCUUUGGCCCUUGUCACCAUGGGAGCUGAUAUGAGAAGAAAGGAAAAGGUCGAACAGUGGGAGCAUACCUUGAAGGAAUUGCAAAGAUCAAUGUAUUGUCCACCACACAUCGAGGAAAAGGUCUAUCAGCCAUUGAAGAGGAGUUACAACUCAUUAGAAGGAAAAAUGAAAUAUUGUUUCCUGUAUUGCUCUUUGUUUUCCAAGGGCUUUUCAAUUGCAAUAAGUGAACUCGUAUAUUGUUGGCAGGCAGAAGGUUUCCUAGAUGAAGAAAACUAUGAAGAUUCACUUAAUAGAGUAAUUGAUUUGAUUGAAAAUCUAAAAGACUCUUGCUUGUUGGAAGAUGGUGCCGACGAGGACACUGUAAAGAUGCAUAAUGUUGUUCGUGAUGUUGCUAUAUGGAUUGCAUCAUCCUCAGAGGAUGGAUGUAAAUCCCUAGUUCGUUCAGGGAUUGGCUUAAGCAAGAUGCCAAUUGAUAAGUUAAAUGAUAAUUCACUCAAAAGAGUUUCAUUCAUGAAUAACGAGAUAGUAACGUUGCCAGAUUGUGUGGUACAAUGUUCAAAUGCCUCCACUUUGCUACUACAAGGUAAUACUCCCAUUGUCAAAGUUCCUGAAGAAUUCCUGCAAGGAUUUGAAGCACUCAGGAUCUUGAAUAUGGGUGGAACCAGCAUCCACUCAAUGCCUCUUUCUCUACUUCAACUUAGUGAACUCCGUGCUCUUCUUUUAGGGGGUUGCUCCUAUCUUGAAAAGUUAUCUCCACUGGAUAAGCUUAUUAAACUUCAAGUGCUCGACCUGUCUGCCACUUCUAUCAGUGAAUUACCAAGAUGGAUGGAAAACUUGAGCAACUUGAAGCACCUAAACCUAUCCUCCACUAAAUACCUAGAAACCAUUGAAGCUGGAAUUAUAUCUGGGUUGUCUUGUUUAGAGGCUCUGGAUAUGACAUGUAGUCAUUUCUCUUUCAGGCUGAAGAGAGAUCGUGUGCCAAAGGAAAUGGCAUGUUUUGAAGAUCUCAAAUGCCUCAAGCGAUUACUUAACUUAUCUAUAAGAUUAGAGGGGAUCCCAUGUCUCAGCUCAGAAGAUAUUUCCUGGAUAAAUAAAUUAAAAAGAUUCCAAUUUUUCAUUGGCCCACAAGCAAACUCUGUACCAAAUAAACAUGGCAAAAGGAUGGUGUUGUCUCUGAGCGGUAUGACUUUUAAUUCGGAAGAACGGAUUGGACCAUUGUUGAAAGCUGCAGAUUCUCUUCACUUAAAGAAAUGUUGUGGGCUGAGUGAUAUGGUCAGUAUUGACUGUAUUGACUACUUUGCUGGUUUGAAAUCUCUUUCUAUUGAGAACUGUAGCGAUAGUGUAUGGCAAGGUCAGAAAGGAAACUAUGAUCCACUGCCAAACCUAGAGGAACUUUAUCUCAGAAACCUGGAUUACGGAGAAAGCAUUUCAGAAUUGCUUAACCACCUUGGACUGAGAUUUCCUGCACUAAAGUCACUAGAAGUGGAGGGCUGUUCUAAAAUGGAAUAUAUUCUUUCCUAUGGUUACUUCAUUGAGGUCCUGCCAAACCUAAAAGUAAUCAAGGUACGGAACUGUGACAAGUUAGGUGAUCUCUUUAGUUAUGUUCCCGGGAAACUAAUCUGUCCAGAUCCUAUUGUUCCAAAACUACGGAUACUGGAGUUGGAGUGGCUUCCCAAAUUAAGGACUUUUUGCCGAGACGAAGAGACAUGGCCGCUUCUAGAACAGCUUUAUGUAUUCAAGUGCAAUGGUGUUAGGAAGCUGCCUCUUACGGCCCAAAAUGCAAAAAAAAUCAAAGAAAUAAGAGGAGAAUCGCAAUGGUGGAACGCAUUGCAGUGGCAAGAUGGCACAGUCUUUGAUGACAUGGCUUCGGUUGUUGGUGAAGUGGUUGUAGCAGCUGGUCGGGUUCUGUGUGGCUCUAUCUAUUCUAUGAUCAAAGACAUAGUCAAAUUCCAAUCAAACCUUGACAUUUUGGAAAAGGAGAUGAAAGCCCUAUUGGCUGUCAAAGAUGAAGUGAAAAAUGAAACAGAAUUAGCUGAGAGAGAAGGAAAAGUAGUGAAACCUCUAGUUACUAAGUGGGUUGAGGAGGUUGAAGAGCUUCUGCUUAAAGACGAACAGAUUCAUCAAGCAGCAGGGCUUUUUAGACAAUUGUUUACAACUUUUGCAGCUUUCCCUAAAUCCGAAGAAGUAGCAACGACCCCUUUUCCCUUGAUACUCAAUGACACAACGAAAUAUGAAUCUACAACAAUCAAGUACUCUUCAGCAUUUCGCCUUAAUAAAAUGGGAAGAGAGGUAGGAGAAUAA